AUGGCGAAAAUACGUAUCUUACACAAGGUUACGACGAUUUUGGAUGGACCACCUUUAUUCCCCUGGAGAUCAUCCGAUAUCUGGACCAGCACGAGAAAAGAUUUCCGAACUCUUCUAUCAUCCGACCGCAUCCAAACGUACGCGGGCGACUCACCUUUCGGGCCACCUUCCUUCACGAUGCUGUCAAAGACGCAUGGUGCCCGGAUAUCUGUGGUGGUGGUGCCGAGUGGACAGUUCGUGUGUGGAGGUUCACCGUGGCCCUCACUCACUCUCUCCAAGGUGUAUAAGAACAGCAUUAGGAACCACCUCUACAACGCUAAUAAUGCUCAAAUUUUCAACCUAUCUUUAAGUCGACCCUGCCCCUACGACAUCACAGAAGUGAGUCUUCAAUACUUCCGACUGGCAUGGAAGCUGUUUCGACCCGUCUUUGGGUGGCCGAAAAGUCGUGCUCAACUCGUUGACUUUGAUGACCCCGACUUUAUACGGCGAGCUUUGGAGUGUCUUCAGGGAAUGGAACAAUCUCAACUCCUCACCAAUGACUCCUUGUACAUGGACGAGAAACGCCCUCGCUUCGUACAAGCCUCACCUGAUGAACGGCCAAGUGUACUUUGUGAUGCGACCGUGAGGACUCUGUUUACUUACAACCAACUUGCUGGUCUACGAGCUUUACGUUACUUAUCACAAGCUAAUGGAGACCUGCCCAUUCUAAGCCAGGGUCACGCAAUGAUACGAGAUUUGGUCACGGCCGCCUACAAUGGGAGUUUGGGAUGGAAUGGCAUCAUACAGGACCGCUGCGACCGUUUCAGUAAUUGCACACAAGACAUUGAAAUCUUCAAAGGGCUUCCAUUUAUCGAUAUCAAGGAUUUUUGUGAAGUACUGGACUAUGUGGGACCAGAUAUUAAAGACUCCCGUCGCAAGAACUGCUCAAGUUAUCGGCUGUGGAUUCGACGGAAUGCAGCUAUUUCCUAUGGAACAGUCGAUCAACUUGGAGAUUUUGGCUCCUACUGGGGUCCGGACCCUUUGAACACGUCGAGCAGAUUCGAUCUAUCGAAACGCAAGUUGCAUGAUUAUCUGUUAUGCUCGUUUCGGCGUGGUUCGAGAGGACCUUCUGACUGGGAGCACACUAUACCAUUUUCCUUGGGACUUUAG